GCUUCAACACAAACCAUGUUCCCUGCAUAUCUGCUGCUGCUGCUGCUGCUGGCAGCUGUCUUAUGUGUUCAUUCUGAUGUUCUAACUCAGCCAGGUUCUAUGGUUGUUAAGCCAGUGUCACUCACCCUCUCCUGUAGGAUUUCAAUAACAAGAUAUUGUCUUCACUGGAUUCGACAGCCUGAAGGAAAAGCAUUGGAAUGGAUGGGAUACAAAUGCAGUAGUGGGGGCACUGAAACCAAAGACUUACUAAAGAGCAAAACCAGCUUCACAGUUAACACCUCCAGCAAUACAGUGUUUCUACAAGGGAAGAACUUUCAGACUGAAGACACAGCUGUUUAUUACUGCACACGCUGCUACGCUGCUUUUGACUACUGGGGUCAGGGUACAAUAGUAACCGUUUCAGCCUCAUCAACUGCUCCGACUUUGUUCCCUCUUGCGCAAUGUGGCUCCGGGACCGGAGAUAUGAUGACUCUGGGUUGCAUUGCCACUGGCUUCACGCCUGCCUCCCUCACCUUCAAAUGGAAUGAAGAAGGCGGGAAUUCCCUGACUGAUUUCGUUCAGUACCCUGCGGUCCAAACCGGUGGAAGCUACAUGGGAGUCAGUCAACUCCGUGUAAAGAGAGCAGACUGGGACAGUAAAAAAUUUGAAUGCGCCGUGGAACAUUCUGCUGGAUCAAAGAAAGUACCAGUGAAAAAACAAGUGCAGCGGGUCAUUCCUCCAAAUAUCACACUGUAUCCUCGCUGGGAGGAACUGGAGGUAGGAUCAAAGGUGGGAAUCCUCUGCAUCCUGAGUGGGUUCUACCCUGACAAGCUGAGUGUGGAGUGGCUGCUAGAUGACAAGACUGUGACCACAUCUCCAGUCCAGCGGAAGCUGCAGAGUGUAGAAGGUGAGGAGAAAACAUUCAGCCUGAACAGCCAGCUGGAGCUGGACCGGAGCCAAUGGACUCAAGGGUCAGAGGUCACAUGCAAGGCAACCCACAAUGCAGCACAAGGACCACCUACAGGAACACCAGUCUCCAGGACCACCAGCAUUUGCUCAGUGUUUCUCUCGUCUACUCCAUCCAUCGACCUGGAGACCCCCAGAUUCAGGACAGUGAUGACACAGACUGAGGUAACAGCUACAUGUGUAGUCCACUCUGCAUAUGACGCCAAAGUGUCCUGGAUUCUGGAUGGAAAAGACCCAACCAGCCGAACCCCAGUGAACCAGGCCAGCAGGACAACUCAGAGCAUCAGCAGUAACCUGACUCUUCCCUCAAGCCAAUGGAAAACCCUGAACACAAUAACAUGCAGAGCUGAACAUCGCUGCUUCAACUCCACAGAGAAGACCAGUAAUGUUAAAGGACAUGCAGUGAGCAGCACUACCACAGUGCUGAUCAGGAGGUCUCUCCCAGAGUUACUGAAGGGAGACAGUGCUGUGCUGGAGUGUGCCAUCACACAACUCUCCUCCAGUGACCUCUACGUCACCUUUCAGGCCAAUGGGGUUGAUUUCCCUGAGAAACAGUAUGUGGAUCUGCCUGCCUCCAAAGGCCCCCAUUCGCUCACCAGACGGUUCUCUAUCCCCAAAUCACACUGGAAGAGAGACAACACUUUCACCUGUAAAGUUAACCAAGGUUUCUCCAACAGCUUGGUGUCUAGCUCCAAAGUCAAGCUUUUUGGUGAACUGUCCAUGGAACUCCUUCUAGUCCCCAGUGAGGAGUCGUCUGGCUCAGGGACCCAGAAACUCAUGUGUUCUGGGUGGGGCUUCAACCCUAAGAUCAAGUGGCUCUCUGGGUCUGAACAGAGGUCUGCAGCAGACAAUGAGAUAAGGAUGGGGGAAGACGGACAUGUGGCACUAACCAGUCAUAUCACAGUAACACAGCAGGAGUGGAAUGAGGGAAAGGACUUCAUCUGUGAGAUAGAUGACAAAGAUCUUCAGAAAACUGUCAGGAAGAGCACCAGUUUAUGCACAGCGUUUCCCUCGUCUACUCCAUCCCUCCACCUGGAGACCCCCAGAUUCAGGACAGUGAUGACACAGACUGAGGUAACAGCUACAUGUGUGGUCCACUCUGCAUAUGACGCCAAAGUGUCCUGGCUUCUGGAUGGAAAAGACCCAACCAGUAGGACCCCAGUGACCCAGGCCAGCAGCACGACUCAGAGCAUCAGCAGUAACCUGACUCUUCCCUCAAGCCAAUGGAAAACCCUGAACACAAUAACAUGCAGAGCUGAACAUCGCUGCUUCAACUCCACAGAGAAGACUAGUAAUGUUAAAGGACAUGCAGUGAGCAGCACUACCACAGUGCUGAUCAGGAGGUCUCUCCCAGAGUUACUGAAGGGAGACAGUGCUGUGCUGGAGUGUGCCAUCACACAACUCUCCUCCAGUGACCUCUACGUCACCUUUCAGGCCAAUGGGGUUGAUUUCCCUGAGAAACAGUAUGUGGAUCUGCCUGCCUCCAAAGGCCCCCAUUCGCUCACCAGACGGUUCUCUAUCCCCAAAUCACACUGGAAGACAGACAACACUUUCACCUGUAAAGUUAACCAAGGUUUCUCCAACAGCUUGGUGUCUAGCUCCAAAGUCAAGCUUUUUGGUGAACUGUCCAUGGAACUCCUUCUAGUCCCCAGUGAGGAGUCGUCUGGCUCAGGGACCCAGAAACUCAUGUGUUCUGGGUGGGGCUUCAACCCUAAGAUCAAGUGGCUCUCUGGGUCUGAACAGAGGUCUGCAGCAGACAAUGAGAUAAGGAUGGGGGAAGACGGACAUGUGGCACUAACCAGUCAUAUCACAGUAACACAGCAGGAGUGGAAUGAGGGAAAGGACUUCAUCUGUGAGGUAGAUGACAAAGAUCUUCAGAAAACUGUCAGGAAGAGCACCAGUUUAUGCACAGCGUUUCCCUCGUCUACUCCAUCCCUCCACCUGGAGACCCCCAGAUUCAGGACAGUGAUGACACAGACUGAGGUAACAGCUACAUGUGUGGUCCACUCUGCAUAUGACGCCAAAGUGUCCUGGCUUCUGGAUGGAAAAGACCCAACCAGUAGGACCCCAGUGACCCAGGCCAGCAGCACGACUCAGAGCAUCAGCAGUAACCUGACUCUUCCCUCAAGCCAAUGGAAAACCCUGAACACAAUAACAUGCAGAGCUGAACAUCGCUGCUUCAACUCCACAGAGAAGACUAGUAAUGUUAAAGGUUAGCAUGGAACUUUGUGAUCAUAUAUUUGCAUUUUUUAAAUGUUAUUUAACCUUUAUUUAACUAGGCAAGUCAGUUAAGAACAAAUUCUUAUUUACAACGACGGCCUACCAAAAAGGCAAAAGGCCUCCUGUGGGGAUGGGGUCUGGGAUUAAAAAUGAAUAAAUAAAUAAAAUAUAAACACAGGACAAAACACACAUCAUGACAAGAGAGGUAACACAACACUACAUGAAGAGAGACCUAAGACAACAACAUAGCAAGGCACCAACACAUGACAACACAGCAAAUCAAAUCAAAUCAACAGGUGUAGUGAAAUGCUUUACAGUGAAAUGCUUACUUAAAGGGCUCUAACAAACAGUGCAAAAAAGGUAUUCAGUGAACAAUACGUAUGUAAAGA